AUGCCUAGUCAACAACAAAUCACCAGAGCUACCAGAAGCGGUAGAACGAUCGAUUCACAAGCCAACCCAAUUGAGAUCCCACCACCUUCAUCAUCCGGAGCAGACCAGGAUCUCCCAGCCAAUAACAAUUUAGAAGGGACUGACAAUCCAGAAGAAGAAAGAGACAACGACGCAUUAGACGGUGAAGCUUUAGACGAACAGCUUAGAGAUGACAUAGCAGAGAUGAUGGAGAACUAUCAAGAUGAAGAAGUCGAAAACCGAAACAAAACGGCACCACAAAUAUCACUGAUCAGCUCAGAGGACGAAGAUUCUUCAGAAGGCCCAUCCUCAGAAGAUUCAGACGAAUCAUCCUCAGAUUCAUCAGACAGUAACGAUUCUCAGUCAUCAUCAGAAGAAUCAGUUUCGUCUGAGAGCGAUUCAGAUUCAUCAGAACAAGAAGUCAAGUCUAAAAAGAGCAAGAAGAAGUCGAUUAAAUCCCUUGACAAAGCAAUCAACAAGGCGAUCAAAGAAAGAGAAAAAGCAAACAUAAAGAAGAAAGAGACAAACGUCGAAAAGAAAGGGAAAGACGGAAUGAAUGAACACGGUAAGAAAGCGAAGACGAAGAAGAUAAAAUCUUCAUCAUCUAAGAAAAUGAAAGUUUCUAAAGAAAAUGGAAUCAGAUUUCAAUCUGGACUUCCAUGUAAAUCACUCCUACCAACUUUACAAACCUAUUGGAAUGAAGCGAUGUUGAAGUUAAACAAGAAGGUCCCUCUCACCGUCUUAAACCCGUCCUUCGUACAACAAGACCAAGAUGAAAGUCAUAAAAAUCAACCAUCUUCCUCUUCAAAAUCAUCUAGAAAUAGAGGAUUGAACCCCCCAUCCGAGUACGCAAUGUCUUUCGGUGAAUGGAUAGAUGGAAUUUCUCUCCUGAGAAAAUACUUGAAGGAAACGUAUAAAUUCGCGAUACUAGCGAAGCAAUUAAAGACUCACAUAAAACAUGUCAAAAACAUAAAAGAAUCGACCGAAUGUUGGAUGGUAGCCCUCAGAUACGACAUUAUGUUUCAAUCACAACUUGCUACUCAUCGAGCAAAAGGUGUUCCCAUGCCAGAUGCGAGUUUAUACGUAGAAAACUACGAAAAAAGAGCAAAAGAACGAGCAUCAAAAACCGGAGAACUAUCUUUUGGAAACACCAAUCCUUAUGCAAAAGGCGGGCGUUACGAAAAUAGAAACCCAAUAACAGGCUCUUGGAAUGAAGGAACAUCAACAAACAGUAAAAAGAGACGAAACACCACUACGAACAACCCAUUUCCGUCACACAACAGAAGGGCAGUGCGACCUCCAAGGGCACCUUUCACUCAAGAAAGGCACGAUCAACCUCAACCUCAAGUUAAUGCCAGAGAAAACGAAGUUCGUAACCAAACGUUUAAUCAAGGAGUUAACGAAGCAAGUGGCAGAGGAAACAAUCGUAGAGGUAGAGGUGGGAUCAGCACUAGAGGCAGACCACGCCAACAUCAGACUGUACAUCUCCCCCUUGUUUAA